CAUAGGUAGUUAAGACUGAGUUACAAAUUUGACGCAGAAGAAUCCAUCUAUUUUUUUUGUCUUCAUAAUCCCGCUGCAUUUUAUCUAUUUAUUUAUUUUGUAUAAAAGACACUUAAAUAAAUAAAAUAUAAUAGAGACAAAUGUGAAAUUCCACAGUCAUCCUCUUCAACGCACGCAGAGCGCUGAUGGCAUCGGCGAUGGAUAUCCUUCGUCAUUCUCAUGUCUCUGCCGUGCAUUUUUUUGACGGUGCCGGCGGCACCCGAAGUCGUAGCUGCACCACCCGACGGUUCAACGGCGAACCUUCCAUUUCCACAGAAGAAUGCAAAGUAUUACAAAGAGCUUGAAGCUGCCGUUGAUGUUGUCCACAGUGCUUGCCGUUUAUGUGUUCAGGUGAAAUCAUCUUUAUUCUCUACUGAUGGAAAGGUUCUUGAAAAAAUUGAUCAGACUCCGGUGACUGUGGCAGAUUUUGGAGUUCAGGCUCUCAUAAGUUUAGAGUUAAAUAAGUUGUUCCCUUCUAUUCCGUUGGUGGCUGAGGAGGACUCUGCUUUCUUGCGAUCAACAAACUUAGUGGAUACUGUGCUUGAUGCAGUAACUGCUGAAGCUAGCUCCACCUCUAAACCAUUGACACAAGAUGAUGUGCUUGAGGCAAUUGAUAGAGGGGGAAAGGAUGCUUUUGUAUUUGGAUCAAAGCCAGCCACAUAUUGGGUGCUUGAUCCAAUUGAUGGCACACGUGGAUUUCUGAAAGCUAGCAAAGCCUUAUAUGUGGUGGGUUUGGCUCUUGUGGUUGAAGGAGAGAUUGUAAUUGGUGUUAUGGGCUGCCCUAAUUGGCAAGAGGAUGAAUCUGAAAAAUCCUCAUCUGAGAUCGAGGAGGGCAGGGAAGCUCUUCCUGGAUCAGGAAUUAUGAUGAUUGCUCAUAAAGGCUAUGGAACAUGGACAAAAAGGUUGAAUAGCAAGCCCCAAUCAUCUGGAGUGUGGACCAGAUGUUUUGUUGAUAGCUUUGACAUAAUACAUAAAGCACGCUUUUGUAUUCCAGAAAGUCAAACAUGGGAAUCACUGCCAUUGUCUUCUACAUUUAAUGUAACAAGCAAUGCAAAUGAUGUAGGGAGCAGCCAAAUUCUUCUUUUGGCGACAUGUUGUGGAAGUUUAUGCAAGUAUUUGAUGGUGGCAUCAGGAAGAGCAUCUGUUUUCUUUCUUCGUGCAAAAGAGAAGACCGUUAUAAAGGCUUGGGACCAUGCUGUUGGCAUGAUAUGCAUUCAUGAAGCAGGUGGAAAGGUAACUGACUGGAAUGGCAUAGAAAUAGAUCUUGCAGCUGAUCAAACUGGCCGGCGGAUCAUAUUCCCCUCAGGUGGUAUCCUUGUUACCAACGGCAAUUUUCAUAAUCAGAUUCUACAUAUUAUCUCUCAGACUUGAAGAGUUUGAUGUUGUUGUGACUCAUUCUUUCUGAACAUUAUUUUGAAAUUAUACUAUUUGAUAGUUUAUUAGUAAUCUUUGUCACAUUGAUUUAAGACAGGAUAUGGUAUAUAAUCUGCCUCGCUAUUUUUCUAACGAUAUUAAAGGAUUUGACUAUUUUAAAAA